AUGUUUCCUCCAGUCCUCAAACUGGCUGCACUGGCUCUUCUCCUCCCCAUUGUCAAUGCAGAGGGCGGCUUCACCAAAACGUGCUUCCUCGGUGGCGCCAGCCUCGACGACAAGAAAUACCUCGGUACCACUUGCACCAACGAGAAGUACGAGAUCUACGGCUAUGACUAUUCCACCUUGAACCUCGAUUGGUGCCUCACAAACAACGGAGGUCGGCUGGCAUUUGCACCAGAUGGAAAAUUCUCCGGAUCAUGCCAUGAGUGCAAGCUCGACAAGGACUCGGAGAAGGGCAGGUUCAAUUGCAGGUGCUCGGAUGGAUCCGGUGACCUAAAGGACGAAAGCCACGUUGAACUCGAUGAUAUCGUCUUCAACAGGAACGGAGCCAUGGGCUGCUACGAUCGCGUGGCCAACAAGACCAGGUGCAGGACUUGCAAGGAGCCGCGUUUUUGAAGUUGAAACGACGCGCAAAUGGAUGGGAUGGCACGUCCGGGAUUAACAGCAGUACUUUGCAAAAGCGAUGGAGGUCAAGCUGCCGAACAUUUGCGAUUCUUGAGUUUUUCGAUGGCUUUGAUGCGAGAUCAUCCG